AAAAUGGCGGCUUCUUGUAUGGCCCUGCUAGCGGUGGCCACGUCUCUGCUGCUACUGCUGCUGGUCUCGUGGAAGCGCUGGCGUCAGGGGCGCGCGAAAUGGCACGUGAUCAUUGUGGUGCUGGGGGACGUGGGUCGCAGUCCCCGCAUGCAGUACCACGCGCUGUCGUUUGCCAAGAGCGGCUUCUCCGUGACCCUUCUGGGCUUUUGCAACUCCAGACCCUAUGAUGAGCUCUUGCAGAACAACAGAAUUCAGAUUGUGAGUUUGACAGAACUUCAGAAACUUCCAGUUGGGCCCUACAUUUUCCAGUAUGGAGUCAAAGUUGUAUUUCAGUCCGUGCACUUGCUGUGGAAGUUGAUAUGCAGGGAGCCAGCAGCCUACAUCUUUCUCCAGAACCCCCCGGGUUUACCUGCCAUCGCUGUCUGCUGGUUUGUGGGCUGCCUCUGUGGGAGCAAGCUUGUCAUCGACUGGCACAACUAUGGCUACUCCAUUAUGGGGCUGGUGCAUGGCCCCAGUCACUGCCUUGUCCUGCUGGCCAAGUGGUACGAGAAGCUCUGCGGGCGCCUGUCCCACCUGAACCUGUGUGUGACCAACUCGAUGCGGGAAGAUCUGGCAGAGAACUGGGGCAUCAAAGCUGUGACCGUCUAUGACAAGCCAGCCUCUUUCUUUAAAGAGACACCCUUGGACCUGCAACACCAGCUGUUUAUGAAGCUGGGCUGCACCUACUCUGCAUUUAAGGCCCGCUCUGAACGCCUGGACCCAGCAACAGAGAGGUCGGCCUUCACAGAGCGGGACUCUCAGAGUGGGGUGGUCACGUAUCUUCAUGGGCGGCCGGCCCUGUUGAUCAGCAGCACCAGCUGGACAGAGGAUGAAGACUUCUCCAUCUUGCUGGCGGCAUUAGAAAAGUUUGAACAGCUGGUCCUAGAUGGAGAGAGCCUUCCUUCUCUGGUCUGUGUGAUAACAGGCAAAGGGCCUCUGAAGGAGUAUUACGGCGGCCUCAUCAGUCAGAAGCGUUUCCAGCACAUCCAAGUCUGUACGCCGUGGCUGGAGGCUGAGGACUAUCCCCUGCUUCUAGGCUCGGCAGACCUGGGUGUGUGCCUGCACAAGUCCUCCAGUGGCCUGGACCUGCCCAUGAAGGUGGUGGACAUGUUCGGGUGCUGUCUGCCCGUGUGCGCUGUGAACUUCCAGUGCUUACACGAGCUUGUGAAACAUGAGGAAAACGGCCUGAUCUUCGAGGACUCUGAGGAGCUGGCAGCCCAGCUGCAGAUGCUUUUCUCAAAGUUUCCUGAUCCUGCUGGCAAACUAAACCAGUUCCGGAAGAACCUCCGGGAGUCAGAGCAGCUUCGUUGGGAUGAGAGCUGGAAGCAGACGGUGCUGCCUUUGCUUAUGGACCGGUGACUGCUUGAGCCAAAGACAGUGCUCCUGAGUGUGGCCCAGUUCCUCUUAGCCCUGGGCAAACGCUUUAGAACAGCGCCUCCCUGUGGACAGCAGCUGGAAGGACAGCUGUAGAGUGAAAUUUUUUAAUUGCUUGGGAAUUUGUGGACCAGGAAGCUGGUUCAGCCUGGUUUCCUCCCUGGAGGCUCUGAUUCUGAGAGACUCAUGACCCGAGUGUUUCUUUCUCCCCACUGUGUUACUUUUCUGUUAUUUGCCUGUGGUACCUUCAACAUCUCUUUGACCUGUUUUUGUCUUACGGUGUCUGCCUCUCCCAGCAUCUGUCCCGUUGUGUCCCUAGUAUUUCAUUCCUGCUGUAAGGACAGGUACCACAGCCUGCUGCUCUGUAACAUCUACAAUGGGUUUGAAGCAGCUUGGCUUCAUGAGGGACGUGGGUGCAGGGUUGGGGGUGGGAUGGGGAGACAUACUUGAUACAUGUUUUUAUUUGCAUAAAUGAAAUGCUUAUUUCUGAGCAAAAUUUUUCAUUUUUGAUUUAUAGAGAUUUACUUAAGAACUAGAACUAGUGACAGAAAGAGGCACCCACUUGAAUAGUUUAUAUUUUAUUAGAACACAGUUUGCAGUCCUGAUUCUGAAUUUAACAUUCUUCAAGCAUUCAAGUCCAGUGAAAAUUUUAUCAGCUUUGCCACAUGAAAAUUCUUUCCAGGA